GCUGAGUUUUUCCAGCAACUUCUGUCUUUGUUUCACCCAGUGGCUGGUUGUGUUGAGCUCUCACACUCUGUAUCUAUAGGCCAUGAGCUGACAUCAUUGUAAAAAUAUUUGCAUUUAUGUAUCCUUUUUGGUAGGGGCGUAGAAAAUAGGAGCAGAAGUAGGCCAUUUGGCCCAUUUACAUUUGUUGUACUAUUCAACAUAAUUGUGACUGAUCUUUUAACUCAACACCAUAUCCCCACUCUUUCUUUCCAUAUCCCCUGACACCUUUGGCUUCGAGAAAUAGGUUUCUCUUUUAAGUAUGCUUAAUGACUUGGCCUCCACAGCCUUCUGUGGUAGACAAUUCCACAGGUCCACCACCAUCUGAGUGAAGAAACGUCUGCUUAUCUCAGUCCAAAAUGUGGAGAUGCCGGUGUUGGACUCGGGCAGACAAAAUUGGAAGUCACACAACACCAGGUUAUAGUCUAACAAGUUUAUUUAAAAUUGCGAGCUUUCAUGGAACUGCUCCUUCGUCGGGUGAAGUGGAAAGAAGCAUACAGGCGCGGCAUUUAUAGAUGGAAGGAUAAUAGCAAGAUAAUUCCAGCCUGCUGGAAAGCUGACCAGAUGGAAUCAGCAACAACACACCUAAUUAUGCCAAUGAAUGAACUCAGUCAAAAUUAUAAUGCAAAUGCCACUGGAGAUUUGCAAUUUAUCCAAGGCAAUAACAUGGAAAACAAAAGACUUUACAGAGGGUCGAUCUACAUGCUUCCUGAAGUGGAGCCUACUGAAGCAGCGUACUUUGGGGAUACAGGCUGUCAUCACUCUGAGGAUUUCACAGUACAUCCCAACUACAACGGCAGCUGUGCAGCAGAUGCUUUUUUGGGUCGUACUUUGUCACUGAUGAAUGACUGGCCGCUUGAUGAGAAAAAAACUAGUGCUUCCCACUCUCCAGUGAAUUACAUAAACUACAAAACUGAUAACAAAGCCAACUCCUGUUUGAGACCUUUGAGUGUUGGUAAGACAUUAAAGGAGGUUGCAUCAUUAAGCAAUGACAUUAUUUCUGCUGGAAGGAAUUGCUUUAAAUGUGAAUACUGUGGGAGGCGAUUUUUGCGCAAAGCACAGUUAACAAUGCACAGACGCACACACACUGGAGAGAAGCCAUAUGUGUGUGAUGAAUGUGGUCGAGGUUUUGCAGAAAAGUCUAACUUAAAUGACCAUCAUCGAACUCACACAGGUGAACGCCCUUAUGCAUGUACUUUCUGUGUCAAAACAUUUCACCGUAGUACGCACCUAAAAGUACAUCUCCGCCGCCACACUGGAGAGAAGCCAUACACAUGUGAGGAUUGCAAGAAAACAUUUGUGGAUUCUUCUUCCCUUCAGAAACACAGGCGAUUUCCCUCAGAUUUAUGCAGCUCCCUCUGCAAGCAAAACCCCAAAAAGAACAUGUGUUCCACAGAUAUUUCAGUGAACUGUAACUCUGUCUAUACCUCGGAUUUCAGUGGUUCUGAAGGAAAGCCAGUUGCCAAUACUCAUGCUGGUAUUAGCAAUGGAGAAAAACUGGAUUACACAUUGAUUUCAGAGAGUGGGAGAUAUGUAAAGAACAGUUCUGAUGCAUUAUUGGAUGAGCAGUUACUUACUCCUAAAACCGAAGUGGAGGGGAAACCCGCUACACAUUCCAAACAUUCUGUAAGCUAUUUGCACUAAGUAUGUUGCUCAUCAUUUAAAAUUAACACCCCUGAAGACUGUGCAGUCAGACACAGUAAAAUGUAACAGCAAUGAGCAUUGUUCUUCAUACACAAAUAAGUGACCUUACAUCUGCACUUCCAGACAAGUGGAUUAACUCCACCUGCAAAACUCCCCCCACAAGUAAGGGACUCGGUCGUGAAAUAAUACCCUUCGAUCAUGGGCAUUUAUGUUGUAAACAGGAUUCCCCAAAGCGACAGAAGCAAAACCAGCAUUGCAAAAAUCAUUCCACAGUCCCUUCAGUUUCCUGAUUUUAUUAUGACUGGCAAUAAAUUCAGAAGCCAUUGCUUUUAAUGAAGCGGUGUGUUCCAUGUAAUAUUUUAUUUAAAAUUUCAUAACAUUGUAAAACAGCUUUUUACUUAGUACAAAUAAUAGAUGAAGAUUAACCAAAGAAAGAUGCACACUACUGAAUCACAAUCCAUCACAUGACAACAGAAGAAAAAUCUUGGCAUGUAAUUUCUCCAGUAACUUUACAGGAAAUGUACUGAGAGUCAAACCCCACGCUGAUUUAAUGGGUGAAAUUUUGAUUCAUUUGAAAUCCAUCCUUUUGCACAGAAUUAGAAUCAGGUCCCACAUGUCAAAUAGAUAACACAAUGUUUUAGAAAUAACUGUGUUCCAGACAUGCACCUUUUUAUAUUCAUAGAUUGUGCUUUUGUUUAAAGAAGGGCUUGCUUUCACAAUUUCAGAAUAAAAGAGGAUAUUCAAUGUU